UGACAGAGGCUUUGUGUGAGGUGCAGCUGGAGUCUCUGUCUGGUUACACCCUCCAAAUGUCGCGCUGCAGGAUGGAGCAAGCAGCUGGGGGAAUCUGACAAUAUUUGUCAAGCACAUUCUUCCAUCAUUUUGUUUCGUGCUUGGUAAGACUGAGCCUUUCAUACGGGGGAAAAAAAAAGAACUCUGUAAGAAGUCGUCUUCACGAUGUCUCGUCGGAGAGGCAAUCCUAAAACAUUCGGGGGUGUCGACAUGGUGACAGAGGAGCUAAGGAAUCUUUACUACAAAAGACUGCUGCCGAUAGAGAAGUACUAUUCCUUCCAUCACUACCACUCUCCAGGCUAUGAGGAUGCGGACUUUGACAACAAACCAAUGGUGCUGGUGAUGGGCCAGUACUCAACAGGAAAGACAACGUUCAUCAGAUAUCUCAUCGAACAAGACUUUCUGGGUAGCAGAGUGGGACCGGAGCCAACCACCGACUGCUUCACAGCCUUGAUGUACGGAGAGGUGGAGGGAAUCACACCAGGGAAUGCCCUCACCAUGGAUACCCAAAAACCAUUUCGCCACCUUGACCCUUUUGGGAAUACUUUUCUGAACAGAUUUCAGUGUGUGCAGAUGCCCAAUCAGGUCCUCGAGAGUAUCAGUAUCAUCGAUACACCGGGCAUCUUAACUGCAGCGAGGAAAAAACUAAGCAGAGGCUACGACUUCCCAGCAGUGCUGCGCUGGUUUGCUGAGCGUGUGGAUCGGAUCAUCUUGCUGUUCGACGCGCACAAGCUUGAGUUUUCGGAUGAGCUCACUCGGGCCUUUGGGGCUCUUUUUGGCUACGAGGACAAGUUACGUGUGGUUCUGAAUAAGGCUGACAGUGUGGAUUCGCAGCAGCUCAUGAGAGUAUAUGGCGCCCUCAUGUGGUCACUGGGGAAAGUUUUUAGAACCCCUGAAAUUUUGCGAGUUUAUAUCGGAUCCUUUUGGUCAGAGCCAAGACGGAUGUGUGACCACUACCAACUGAUAGACUUGGAGGAGGAGGAUCUGUUGACCGACCUAAGAAACCUCCCACACAAUGCUGCUGUGAGAAAACUGAAUGAUCUGGUGAAGAGAGCACGACUUGUGAGGGCUCAUGCACACAUCAUCGGUUAUCUGAAGCAGGAGAUGCCGACUAUUUUCUGCAAAGAGAACAAGAAGCACAAUCUGAUCUACGAGCUUCCAGUCAUUUUCACCAAGAUCCAGCAGCGACACAGAGUUCCAGCAGGAGAUUUCCCCGAUUGCACCAAGAUGCAGGAGCAACUUCUGAGUCAAAACUUCUCAAAGUUCAAGAAACUGAAACCAAGUCUGAUGGCUUCACUUGAAAAACUCCUAAACACUGACAUAGCUAACCUGGUUCCCCUACUUCAGCAACAAGAACUUGUAAAUAAAUCCCUCCCCGGAGUUCUAGAUGGCGAAUUCCUGGGAACGUUCAGGCGCGAGCAUUACAAGAGGCAUCCCUUCAAGGAAAUCCAAGAUGACGAUGACGGUGAACAAGAUUCCAUUGAGUGGAUAGUGGAGAGACACAAGCCAAAGUACGAUGAGAUCUUCUACAACCUCAGCCCGAAUGAAGGCAAACUUAGUGGAGCCAAAGUCAAAGAAUGGAUGACAACAACACUCCUGCCAAAUUCUGUGCUUGCUCAUAUUUGGAGGCUGUCAGACAUUGAUGCAGAUGGUAUGUUGGACAAUGAGGAGUUCGCACUGGCUGUCCAUCUUAUCGAAGGAAAACUGGAGGGCCAUUGGCUUCCGCGUGAGCUGCCCUCUCACCUGCUACCUCCUUCAAAACGACUAAAUAUGACUGAUGAAGAGAUCUGAAUUGACAUGCAGUAUGGGGCAAUAAUUAAGUGCAUCAUUUGUACAGAUUGUCCAAAAAAAAAACAUACGCAAAGACAGUUUUCUUCACUUUGAGCAAUAUAUACAGAAUUGUGAAUUCAUUUUAUGUGACACGGUCGUAAUACUUUGGUGUUAAAGCUGCAAUUAAAAGAUAACGUCUAUGAGUAA